UGUUAGAGAAUUCGAAUCUGCUUCUGAACUCUGAAACGGAAUACAGAGACAGUUCAGUUCAACAUAAACACAAAAGUGGUGGUUCGUUAAGUUAUUUCAGUGACUGUAUACUUAAUGUUAAAUUGUUCCCGUGACUAUUUGUUUCUUAUUUUUCUAUACUGUGAAUUGUGUUAACGGGAGUCAAUUAGUGUAUCACACUUCAGGUUUGGGAAACUGUUAUAGUUCGUAUUCUGCCCAUCUGUAAUUUGUUCCAUUAUAGGCUUUGAUUCAUUCGUGAUACAAAAAUGGCAAGUUUCGUUUUAAAAAUAAAAUAUAAGAAAGGACAAGCUGUGCUUAGUACUGUUCAAGAAUCAACGACCAUUAGAGUUUUGAAACAAGAACUUGCCAAGAUUACCAGAAUAGUUGAAGAUCGCUUACAUGUGCUUGGUGGAUUCCCUCCUAAACCACUGGACCUCAGUGAGGACGAAAAAACUUUGGGGGAAAUUAACAUUCAUUCUGGUGAUACACUUAUAAUAGAAGAAAAGCCUGUUUCACCAGCAUCACAAUCACUGUGCACUGAAUCUGCAUCUGCUUUGGCAGAUGAAAUGAGAAGACACACUUCAGUGGACCUAGAUGUUCCAGGAGUACUUCUCAAGAAAGUUGUGCCAGCAGACAACUCUUGUCUCUUCACUAGUCUUGGAUUUACAUUGCGAGGCCAAGUGGAUAUAUCCGUUGGGGCCUACAUGCGCCAAGUGAUAGCUGGGGAACUGGCAAGUGACCCAGACAAGUACAAUGAGGCAUUCCUUGGACGCCCAAAUGCUGAAUAUUGUAAUUGGAUCAAGAAACCUGAAUCAUGGGGAGGUGCAAUAGAGCUAGCCAUCCUGUCAAAGUUCUACGGAUUGGAAAUUGCAGUGGUUGAUACCAUCAAUGCCAUCAUAAACCGUUUUGGAGAAGAUCAAUCUUAUAGCCACAGAGUGUUCCUGAUCUUUGACGGAAUUCACUAUGAUCCUCUAUACUUGGAACCUUUGGAGAGUACUGGAACUAUUCAGACUAUAUUUCCAACUUCGGACGAAAAAAUCCUGCAUGAAGCAGAAACACUCGCUCGGGAGGCUCAAUCCAGCCGACAGUUCACAGACGUGGACAAGUUCAGCCUCAAGUGCAACGAGUGUGGUAUCUAUCUGGUUGGGCAAACCGAAGCCCUCAAACAUGCCAAGGAGACUGGCCACAGCAGCUUCGGCGAAGUCUCAAGAUGAUCUACUCUCAGGCUCCCUCUGAUAUAUGUUUUUGAAAACCCAAAGACAUAUUUGUUAAACGCUCUGUUUAGUAAGUUUUUCGUGUGCAAAAGUAGACACAAGUUUUAAUUAGUUUUUUCUUAGUUUUUUUAAAUGUCCACAAAGUCUUUCAUUUACUUUUUCUUUUAGUUUGAGUAAUAUUUUGCAUCGUGUAAUGCAUAAUAGUCCACUUUUGUUAAGAUUACCUUGUAAAAAAAAUAAUAGUUUGUAUGGAACACUUACAUGGCAUACCUUUUACUUAAAUAGCCAGCAUUUUAGAGAAGAAAGUGUGCAACAUUCUGAAGAAAAUAGUUGAAACCGAUAAAAAUAUUUGCAGUUUUAAUUUCUGGCUUUAGGUUUUGUGGGCAUUUUUUGUUUGUUGUUUGUUUGAUAUUUAAACACUUUUUGUAAUGAAAACAGCUUGACAAUAAGUAUUGUAACUAUCUGAGUGAUUAUGAAGUAAUAUAUUUUUCAAUAAGAUUGAGAACAGAAGUGUAUACCAAAGAUGGAAUUGUUAAACACAAGUCGCACGUGUCCAUGAUUAGUCAAGUGGUUAAUGCUGUAUAUGUCCAAGUUAAUGAUCUCAUGCGCUUGUAAACUAGGACAUUUUAUAUAGUACACAAUUCUUUAAUGUUUUCUAUUUAAGCUAAAAUAAUUUCUCUUAACUCUGUUGUCACAUAAAUGUGAGCCCUCAAAUUUUCAUAAUUUAAAGCUUUGUAUUGUAUAAGUUAUAUUUAAUCUAAUGUAACUUCCAUAAAUUCCAGUAACUCAGUCUGCUUAAAUCUUACUAUUGUUCCUUAUUUAUUUCUAGCUUUAUUUUCAAUGGUGCUAAGUUAAUUAUGAAUGUGGCUUUUACUCACUAUGAAACCCACUUUGUUGAUGUUUGUUUCAUUUUAAUGUUAAUCAAAAUUUUGUGAAAUGAAAGAGUUAAUACAAACAUAAUUCAUAGUUAAUAACAAUGUUAUAGCCACCACCAUGUUUCAUUUAAGCUUUCAUUUAUAUUAAUACUCUUAGUUAGUAGUACCAAAGUUAGGGUGAAGCACCAUAUCUUUGAGUUGUUGUUUUUAUUACAUAAGUCUGAUCUCAAAAGAUCAAGUGAUUGCGUAUCCCAAGGGAUACCCAGCUUAAUAUAAGAGUUUGUCCUCUAAAUGACAAACUAAAAUAGUAUGUUGAAUAUUUUAAAAUAAAUUUUUCAAUGAAAA